AUGACUACUCUGGAUGAUAAACUGCUUGGUGAGAAGCUCCAGUAUUAUUACAGCAGUAGUGAGGGUGAGGAUGAAGACAGUGAGAAAGAAGAUAAAGAAGGGGAGAGCACUGUUCCUGAAAGCAUCAGCGAAGUGGAGCUGAGCGGUGAUGGCAGCGCAGUCAACACAGGUCCCAAAGGAGUCAUUAAUGACUGGCGAAGAUUUAAACAACUGGAAACUGAGCAGCGGCAGGAGCAGCGCAGAGAAAUGGAACGACUCAUUAAAAAGUUAUCUAUGACGUGUAGAUCUCACUUGGAUGAAGAUGCUGAUAAGCAGAAGCAGAAAGAGCUUCAGGACAAAAUCAAUGGGAAGAUGACGUUACAAGAAUAUAACAUGAUUCACAAUGAUGAAGAUGAUGAGGAGUUUUUACAGCGAUACCGGAAGCAGCGAAUGGAGGAGAUGAGACAGCAGUUGUACAGUGGGCAGCAAUUUAAACAGGUUUUUGAGAUUACCAGUGGAGAAGCAUUUUUGGACACAAUUGAUAAAGAGCAUAAGAGCACGCUGAUCAUGAUCCAUAUUUAUGAAGAUGAUAUCCCCGGCACCGAAUCGCUGAACGGCUGUAUGAUCUGCCUGGCUGCGGAGUAUCCAGCAGUUAAAUUUUGCAGAGUCAAGAGUUCGCUCAUUGGUGCCAGCGCUCGCUUUACUAAUAAUGCUCUGCCAGCUUUGCUGAUCUAUAAGGCAGGUGAGCUCAUCGGGAAUUUUGUGCGAAUCACUGACCAGCUUGGAGAAGAUUUUUUUGCUGUUGACCUGGAGGCUUUUCUGCAGGAAUGUGGUUUGCUUCCGGAAAAAGACCUGGUGCUCCUGACUUCUAUUCGUAAUCCAUCUGCAUGUUACAGUGAAGACAGUGAUCUGGAAAUAGACUGA